AUGGGCACCAAAUACAAAGGCUUGGCGUGGGAUGAAGAUGUGCCAGAUGCCCGCGACCCAAAGCAUGAGCUGAAUAAAAAGCUGCUGGAUCAUUUCAGGAUACUGGCUGCGAGAAAUGAAGACACAGAUGAGGUGGACCUGCAAUAUCUAAGCUGUGUCCUCACCGAUGGAGCCGACCCCGAUUCGGCGGACAAACACGGACAAACAGCUCUGCACGAGAUCUCUCGGGCCUGGAACAUAGACGUGAUGCGGUUCUUCCUGGAGAGGGGGGCAGAUCUUCAGAGGGCUGAUAUGUUUGGGGUCACACCCCUACAUGUCGCAGCAGCAUUGAACUACGAGGACAUGAUCGUGUUUCUGCUGAAGAAAGGAGGUGUGUGUGUGUGUGCUUGCACAAACAAAGACAAGCAGACCCCCCUGCACUAUGCUGCUAAGAACGACGCGGUAGGAGCAGUCAGGAUCUUACUAAAGAGUGGGGCUGACAUUUCUGCUAAAGACUACAAACAGAGGACCCCGCUACAGCUCGCUGCCAUAUUUGAUCGCAGUGAGGCUGCACGUAUUCUACUGGAGCUGGGAGCAGAUGCAGGAGUCCAGGACAGUGAUGGACAGCUCUGCAUCACACCAAUGAUUUCCAAGAUGACUUCCGUAGCCAAUCUGGCCAUGAACCAGUUCCACGUGAUCGACCGAAUGACUCGUCACCAGUUUUAUUACCUGCACCUGCUGGAGCCAGAGCCAACGUGCCAAAGGACAUCAGGAGGGGAGGUCUGUGUUGAUCCCAUUUCACCGUUAGAGUUCAUUGUCCAUCAAGGCAAAUUAGACCUCAUCAUGCAUCCUGUAAUACUGAAGCUCAUUAGAGUAAAGUGGAACCUGCAUGGAAGGAGUGGGGCCUGGUUACUUUUGCUGCUCAAUUUCCUGUUCAUUGUCUCCUGGACAACAGUGGCAAUCUCAGUGUCUGUCAACCACGAGGAUGGUCAUCGUUACAUUUUCCCACAGGACUGGUGGCGAGUGUUUGUAGUAGUCUUGGCUCUACUGCUAACACUGUCGGAGAUAUACCGGGAGGUGAUGGAACUCCUACGCUCCAGGCGUAAAUUACGUCGAUGGCAGACCUGGAGUAUCCGGAGAAUCAACGAAGACCUGGCCUGCACACACCCCAUGUGGCCUGAGGAACGUCAUUUCUUGGAGGAGCAGAUUAAGUUCAUGCGCAACAUGAAGGGGAGCUAUUCACAAGACCUCUGGAACAUAUUUGAUUGGCUGGUAUAUGUAUUGCUGAUAGCGGUUUUGUCGGUCCACUUGGCAGACGUGAUCUUGGUGUCAAGCACGUUGCGUCAGUACAGCCUUCGUCUGUUUGCAGUGGCCAUCAUCUUCCUCUGGCUGAGAUUGAUGAAGCAUGUGCGGGCUUUCAGAGCGAUGGGUCCGUUUAUAGUGAUGCUUGGGAAGGUAGUCGGUGAUGUUCUGCGCUUCCUCUUCCUGUACGCUGAGAUCUUUAUCCCAUAUGCCUGUGCCUUCUGGAUCAUAUUUGGAGGUAAAGCUGCGGUGCCCAGUAUGCAGACCGUGCCACAGUUGCUCUACAGCCUGUAUCGUAUCACCUUGGUCGAUGAGUACGAAUUUGAUGCCAUGCUCUCUGUGGACUCCAUUAUGGCUCAGCUGCUAUGCGGGACAUUUCUGGCUCUCUCCAGUGUUCUGUGUGUCAACCUCAUGAUCGCUCUCCUCUCCGAUACCUUCCAACGGGUGUAUGACAAUGCUUUGGCUAAUGCAGUGAUGCAGCAGGCAACUAUCAUUCUACAGGUGGAGGAGUCUAUGUCCUACCUACGGCGUCUCUAUGACAACCAGUAUAUCCACCGCUGCUGUGCUCCACUUGCUGAGUUUUAUGAUGAGAACAUUACCACUGAUCCAGAGCACUAUGCUGGGAUGAAGAAGCUUACAACACAGAUCAAGGAAACUGUGGAAGAUUUUUUGGGGAUCCAAACAGACAUCACUGAUCAUGAACCACAAGAAGCAGUCAGAGACCAAGCCACAGGUGUGGGGCGCUUUGCCUCCACAAGACGCUCUGCCUCCUCAGGGCAGGAGGAACAUGUCCCCACCCUGCACAGGCUCCAGAAACAGCAACAGCAACAUAAUCAGGACCUGAAUGCCCUGAGGGCAGAUGUGAAGCAGCUCCAUACACUACUCCUACAGUUAAUCCAGUCAAAGUCAAAUGGAGAUGCUGUGUAGGGUAGUCCUCUGCUGUUUCAGACUCAAAGGA